GAGAGCUAACAUGUGAGCGUUUGUGUUCAUUGAAAUGACAGGUACGUUUCAUACAAAAAACAAGUAGUCUUUAAUUUACCUACGGAGAUAGGUGCAGAACAUACUAACGUUGUUUACAUAAGUUAUUUACUCUUCCGGCUUUUGCAAACAGGUUAACGUUAAAGCUGAAGUUUAGUAUGUCCUCUGUCAUCCACUGUGAGCACUGCAAGCCUCAGUAGACAUCAAGAGGACACACAGCAGAUUAAGUACAAAAUGUCUGCGUGUAAAAGGUUGCUUUACUUUGUGAAGCACAGAAGUUUGUGGACGCAUGUCCGGAGAAAUGUCGCAACAUGGCUACCUGUUGGAGCUGCUUUCAAUGCCAAACCUGUCAGGAGACUGGACAGUUUCGAAAAGAGCGUGGGUUUGUUUGGAGUGUCAGAGCUCAGCUGUCCAGCAGGCUUCCAGGUAGCCACAAAGACAGCUCUCAAAAACACUGAGCUCCUGGUGGAAAAAGCUUGUUCUUGUCCUCCAGGGGUUGAGAUUGUGGAGUCUUUUGACCAGCUCUCAGAUGGUUUGUGUAAAGUGGCUGAUCUGGCAGACUUUGUUAAAGUAGCUCAUCCAGAUCCAGCAUUCCGCGAGGCUGCAGAGAAGACCUGCAUAGAGAUUGGCACAGUUGUAGAGAAGCUGAACACUAAUGUUGAAUUAUGCAAGAGCCUUAAAAAUUUGCUGGACAGCCCGGACAUUGUGGCUCAGCUGGAUCCUGACACAAGACGAGUGGCAGAGUUGUUCAUGUUCGACUUUGAAAUCAGUGGAAUUCACCUGGAUGACAAACUGAGGAAAGAGGCAGUUGCCCUGCACGUGAAGAUGCUGGAUCUGAACAAUGAGUUUUUGGUGGGCUCUCACAUGCCCAACAGAAUCGCCAGGUCUGCGAUUCCUGAACACCUACACCUGCACUUUGCAAAUGAAGGAAGCUUCAUCCAAGUGGGGGGAUUGCAUGCAGAUUCCCCCGAUGACUUGGUGCGAGAGAUUGCCUACAGGAUUUACCUCUAUCCCAACGCAGACCUAAUGCGGUGUCUGGAAGAGCUGCUGAAAUGCAGAUACAAACUGGCCAAGCUUGUGGGCUACGAGUCGUACGGUCACAGAGCCCUGAAGGGAACGAUGGCCAAAACACCAGAGACGGUGAUGAGCUUUCUUCAGUUGUUAACAGACAAGCUGUCAGACAGAACAGCAAAAGACUUUAAGAUGAUGAGGGACAUGAAGAAGAAACUCAACCCUCGUAAUUCUGAACUCAUGCCCUGGGAUCACCCGUUCCUCAGCGGUGUCCUGCGUGCUGAAAGGUACAACAUAGAGCCCAGUCUGUACAGUCCCUACCUGUCUCUUGGUGCCUGUAUGGAGGGUUUGAACAGCCUCUUCUCUCAGCUGUACGGUGUCUCCCUCAUGUCUGAACAUCCCAGCCCUGGAGAGGUGUGGAGCGAGGACGUCCGCAAACUGGCUGUGGUACAUGAGACAGAGGGAUUACUGGGAUAUAUCUACUGUGACUUUUUCCACCGGUCAGAUAAACCUCAUCAGGACUGUCACUUCACCAUCCGUGGUGGCCGUUGGUGCCAGGAAACAGGUCAGUACCAACUGCCAGUUGUGGUGCUGAUGCUGAGUCUGCCCCACCCUUCCAAGAACGCCCCCACCCUGCUCACUCCGGGCAUGAUGGAGAACCUCUUCCAUGAGAUGGGACACGCCAUGCACUCCAUGCUGGGACGCACUCGCUACCAGCAUGUCACAGGAACCAGAUGUGCGACUGACUUUGCUGAGGUCCCUUCCAUCCUCAUGGAGUACUUUGCAACAGACUAUCGCGUCAUCAGUCAGUUUGCACGCCAUUAUGAAACGGGACAGCCUCUGCCUGAGAGUAUGGUGGCUCGGCUGUGUGAGUCGAAGAAGGUGUGCGGAGCUGCAGACACGCAGCUGCAGAUUUUCUAUGCAGUCUUGGACCAGAUCUACCACAGCAAACCUCAGAACCGCUCCACCACAGAAAUCCUGAAGGAGAUGCAGCAAAAAUUCUACGGCUUGCCUUAUACGCCCAAUACGGCGUGGCAGCUGAGAUUCAGCCACCUGAUUGGCUAUGGAGCCAAGUAUUACUCCUACCUCAUGUCCCGGGCCGUGGCGUCAAUGGUGUGGAGACAGUGCUUUGUUCAGGAUCCUUUAAACAGGGAAAUGGGUGAGCGUUACCGUCGGGAGAUGCUGGCCCAUGGAGGAGCCAAGGAGCCCAUGCUGAUGGUGGAAGGGAUGCUGCAGAGACGGCCCACCAUUGACGACUUUGUGGACGCGCUGGUGUCUGAGCUCAACCCAAACUUUGAGACCUUCAUCAUGGACUCUGAGAGCUGAAAGACGUCUUCCGGUGGCGUUGAAACGGACUUGAACCUUUGCUGCUUUAGCCACGAGGUGAAAACCAUGGCAGCAUAGUGCACUGUCAUUCUAAAUCAGCAUCUUUACCUUGUCUGUAAAUGAAUUGUUACUAUUUUAUAUAUUGCUAGUCUUUCUUAAAGUCACAUUGACUUGUUGAUAUUUUUAGGCCAAUUCUGCUGUCAAGAAAAUGUCUCGAUAAGAAGUAAAAACUUGUUGCCACCUCUGAAAACACCUGAUUAUUUAUCGGUAUUGAAAGCUGCAGAUUAUGGUCAGGUCUGUCUCAUUCACAGGGAAUUUCCCAGAACUCUGGACUCCCUUGUGUCAACAUUAAUGGUAAAUCAACUCAUGUCACAGUAACUUAUGUCAGGCAACAAUGAACAGAAAUGUACUCUGUGAUGUAAAAUAUCCACAUAAAUUUCUCCACAUAAAGUUUUACGGUUCUCAUCAUUUC